AUGGACUCCGAAGAAAUUGUGUGUGCAAACGUGAACUUGAAAUUUUAUAUUUUUAAGAGUAUAGAAAAGGAUGAAAAUUGUUUAUGUAAUAACUUUACAAUAAGUUUAGCAGAUGUUAAUGAUAUUGAAUCAAGUAACAGUUCGAAGGGGUACUUUAUAAAAAAGCUUCACGACAUUUUAAAAAAAAAAAAGAGAAACGAAUAUGAAUGUAUAAUCAACGGCACAAUAACAGAAAUAGCAAAUUUUCUAUUUCAACACUGUGAACUGUUUGUACAAAUAAAGAAGGACGACGAUGAUUUUAGAAAUAACAUUGUUAAUGAUAAAAUAAAUAAUAACAGCGACGAUUUGGACAUUUCCUCUUGUUAUCAAAAUGACGAAAAAAAAGGAGAGUUGGGGAAGAAUAAGAAGAAGAAGAAGAAUAAGAUCCAUUUACUAAGAAGUGUAGAUAUACAUGAUAAUAUAAAUUUUGAAAAUGAUAACAUAUAUUUUAAAUGUUUAUUUAAAGAUCUAAUAAACGAUUUUGAGCAUUUUGAAAAUAAUAAAUAUGAAAACAUAAGUAAUUUUUAUAUAAGCAAUGAUUUAAUAUUUUCCAUAUGUUUGAAAUUAGAAGAACAUUUAAUAGAUAGAAACGAUCUGGAAAAGUGUAAGCUCCACGAUCAUAACAAGAAUAACGUCUUUUUUGAAAAGUAUGAUCCUAAGUAUAAACACAUAUUAAAAUUAUUUCAUUUUGAUCGUAUUUUUUAUUUGUAUAUAAAUUUUCAAGAUUAUAAGAAGCAAUUCUUUCUGGAUAAUACGAUAGAGAUUAUUGUAGGUGAUUUGGUACAAAAUUUGAGUGAAAAGGCAUUACAUUUAGAUAGUAGUAAUAAUAGCACACAAAAAAAUGAUUCUGGUGCACCUAAGAAUUGUGGAUCGAAUCAUUUCUAUAGAAUGAUGUAUGCUGAUAAGGAUGACAAUGCAGCGGAUAUACGAAGCGCCUUCAACAUAGGUUGUCAUUACUCUCUAAUACUAAUUGACAAUGUGAAGGAGUUGAACGACUAUUUUUGCAUUAAUGAUAUGUAUAUAAAUUUUAAUAAAGAAAAGUUAGAGAUAGAAAAGAAGGGAAUUUUUUCACCUACAUGCAACACAAACGGUACAUACAACACAAAUAGGAAUGGAACUAAUAGUAAAGGUAAUAAUAACAGUAAUAGUAACAUCAAUAAUGGUAGUAGUAAUAAUAGUGGUAAUUCCGAAGCUUGGACUUGCUAUAAAAAUUUCAAAAAGAUUACCUACGAUUUAACCACAUCUACCAGUAGAGUACCCAGCCUAAAUUUUAAAGCUAGUGUUAUUUCGAUUUUUCUAAAUUCGGAUGGGUAUAAUACAAAUGAUAAGCUCUUAAACUCCAUUGAUUACAGUCUCUGUUCUCUACCUCCAAAUUGUAGUAACAUCAAUGGUUCGUGUAACAACAACUCCGUUUAUCAUAAGCAAGCAGUUUAUCAUAGCGGCGAGGCAUAUCAUAGCGAAGCACCAUAUCAUAGCGAAGCACCAUAUCAUAACGAAGCACCAUAUCAUAACGAAGCACCAUAUCAUAACGACGGAACAAAUUCGAAGGCGAACUUCUUCUAUCCUAAGGAGCAGUUUAAGCGCACAAACGACAACUUUAUCUGGUGCGAAUUUUUCUUAUCAGUCCAAAGUUGUCAUGUUUUGGAGCUAAGUAAUAUUUACUCAGAGAAGAGAAAAGAUAAGCAGAGUGAGUUUUUCAUAAAAAUAAAUUCCAACUUAUUUCAGCAGAAAUUUGAGUCUUCCUUGCAUGCAUUUCAGGAGAACAAGCAGAUCGAACUGAACAACUGCAAUGUCAGUCACAACGUUGAUUUGAGAGAAGAAGACAUCCUAAGUUAUUUCGAAAACAAAAUUAUUAAUUUUGAGUUAUCAGUAAAAGAAAAGGAUAUCGAUAUUAUAAGUAUAGGUUCAGGAGAGUUACGCCUGAAUAUGGUGAUAGAUGAACUCACAGACAUAAUUAAAGAAAGGAGCUUUGAAAAGUAUUAUAAAUAUAAUUUCACAAUCCCUCUACAUUUGAAUGUAUUUAAAGAGAAAUACUUAACGUCUGAGUUGAACACUGAGGUGUUUUUCAAUCUUAAGGAGAGUGACAAAGCUGUAGAAAAGGAAGGGGUAGCUAGGAAAGCGAUGUGUGGUAUAGCGACAAGACGUAAAACCACCAGCACGGAUAACAGGAAAAACGUUUUGGGAAUCGAAUCGAAGAGUUUUUCAAGGGACAAAAUUCCAAGUAACAUUUAUGAAUUUAAAAUGUGGAAGGAGCAGGAAGAAGUUAAUAUGAAAGAGGAGUUAAAAAAAAAGGAAGAAAUAUUGGUUCGAAAAUUUACAAGAAAGUAUGACCUUAUGGAGAAAGAAAGAAAAAAUGAAUUUGAAAUAAAAAGAAAUGAAUUAAAAGAAAUUAUUAUUCAUAUGAAAGAACAACAAAUAAAUAUGAUAAGUCAUAAUAAUAUAGUAAUAUCAAAAGAUAAGGAACUAAAUGAAGAGAUACAUAUUUUAGAAAAAAAAUUAAAAAAAAUAAAAUUUGCAUAUGAAAAGUCUUUAUAUCUGUUUAAACAAAAUUUACGAAAAAAUAAUUUAAGUGAAAGUAUGAUAAAAGAAAACAAUGAGUUAAGAAUGAAUUAUCAUAAUUUGUCCAAAAAAAUCAAAACACUCCAAAAGGAAAAUGAUCGAAUGAAUUAUAUUUUAAAAAGAUACAAUAGUAAAGACAAUGCAAUUAUUAGUAAUACCUACUUUGAAAAACUAAAGGACGAGUUGCAGCAUUUAAAAGAGUAUAAGGAUAAAACCAAAGAAGCACACAAUGAUGAACUAAAUGAGAAUUUAAUUAAUUAUAUAGAAUCCAUUCAAAAAAAUAGAAAAAAAAUACUUCAAAUUAUAACUAAUUUUACCAUACAGUUAGAGCAUAUUUAUGACCUAACACACAACGAAAUACUUGAAGACAAGUUUCACUCAAUCAUAGAGGAAAUAAACCAAAUGAAGUCCAUAAUUGAUGAGGAACUGCAGGUUGAAAGUGUCCUUCCCGGGGUGAGCCCAGCUUUACUAAAAACCGGAAAGAUGCACGGUGAAGAGCAUACUGGCAAAAGAGAAAGCGUUACUGUUAGCUGCACUAAGGUUGGAAGUGGUCAAGUAAGAAGCAGUAAGAAUGGAAGUGGCAAGGUAGGAAGCGGCAUGAUCGGAGGAGGUAAUGUAGGAAUUAGUAAAGCUAUUCGUGGAAACAUCCGACUUGGUAAAAAUGUUUGUGGUGCCUCUCCUCAAACGAGCAAACACAAAAUUGGUGAAAACAACCCAGCGGAUAAGGACCCAAAACAUCAGAUGUACUUAAAAAAAGGUGCUAUGAAGGAAAAGAAUCUAUAUGGUAGGGAAAAGCUAACCAAACUUGUAGGCGAGAAAAUAAACAAAACAAAUUUCACCAUGCGUAAUGAAACGGAGAAUGGAAGUAAACAGAAAACAAAAAACGCCAACGCUAAAAUUGUUGAAAAUUUAAAAAGUGAAAUAAAUAGAUUAAUAGAUACAGGAAUAUAUAACGAAGACGACCAAAUAAUUAUAAAUAUGAAAAAAAAGUUAAACACUCUACUUAUGAGCUGCUAA